AAAAGUCCCAAUCUAUUCAUCACUCAUUCUUAGCACAGUCACACUACUCAAUCUUGCACUUAAUCCGAUCUCUUGUCUCCAAAUCCAUCAUUCAAUCCUCCAUAUUCAUCUUCUUCAUCAAAUCUCUCUUCAUAUUCCCUUCAAUUGAUUCACAAGGAUUGUAUUUUUGUAUUAUUGUAAGUAUUUAAUGGCUUCCGCCGGAAAUCCAAACCAGUCCGGUGGAACACCGUUUGAUAUGCAUACAUUCUUCAAGCCUUCAACUCCAGUUUCAACAAUCUCGAAUACCCAGAACCCCAUUAAUCCGAAUUUGAUUUCUUCCCCAUUUCCGCUUCCUUCAGCUUCUUAUCCACCGCCCACCGCCGGCGGCGCCGGUGGUGGUGCCGGAGGACUUUACUACCCAAACCAGACAACCCCUUUUCACCAUAUCCCUCAAUUCAAUCACCAUAUCCCUCCACAGUAUAACAACCACCCACCUCUACAAGAUGGUCAUAUGCAUCCACAAAGAUCCAUGUCUUUCCCUGCUCCACCACUUCAACCACCUCCCACUCCUACUAGUCCGCACCAGUUAUUGAAUCCUGGAAAUAACCCGAAUCCUAACCCUGGGGCUCGGCUUAUGGCUUUGUUAAGUGCACCACCUUCAACUCUCGAAGUUCUUCAGCAACCUACUUUGCAAAUUCCUCCUUUACAGCCUACAACUUCUGGGUCUGAGCUUUCUGAUUUUUCUGCUUCACCAAAUGUUGGUAUUGCACAUUCAGGGAGUAGCCCAUUGCGAAUGCCGAGUUGUAAGUUACCUAAAGGAAGGCAUUUGAGUGGGGAUCAUGUUGUUUAUGAUAUAGAUGCUAGGUUGCCUGGUGAAGUGCAGCCUCAGCUGGAGGUUACUCCUAUUACCAAGUAUGGUUCGGAUCCGGGCCUUGUUUUAGGCAGGCAAAUUGCAGUUAACAAAAGCUAUAUAUGUUAUGGACUCAAAUUAGGAGCUAUUCGUGUACUUAACAUUAACACCGCUUUGAGGUCAUUGCUUAAAGGUCUUGCACAGAGGGUCACAGACAUGGCUUUCUUUGCUGAGGAUGUUCACCUUUUGGCUAGUGCAAGUGUUGAUGGGCGGGUUUAUAUAUGGAAAAUUACUGAAGGACCAGAUGUGGAAGAUAAGCCCCAAAUUACAGGGAGGAUUGUCACUGCUCUUCAAAUUGUUGGCGAAGGGGAAUCUCUUCAUCCUCGAGUUUGUUGGCAUUGUCACAAACAAGAAAUUCUUGUGGUCGGGAUUGGAAGACAUGUUUUAAAAAUUGAUACCACAAAAUUUGGAAAAGCUGAAGUUUUUUCAGCUGAUGAACCUCUCAGGUGUCCUGUUGACAGGUUGGUUGAUGGGGUACUACUUGUUGGUACUCAUGAUGGAGAAGUGACUGAUUUGUCAAUGUGCCAGUGGAUGACCACUCGAUUGGUAUCUGCAUCGCUGGAUGGCACGAUAAAGAUUUGGGAAGACCGGAAGCCUCAGCCAAUUGCAAUUCUCAGGCCUCAUGAUGGUAAUCCUGUUCAUUCAGCCACCUUCCUGGCUGCUCCAGACCGCCCUGACCACAUCAUACUCAUCACUGGGGGUUUACUUAAUCGGGAAAUGAAGAUAUGGGUAUCAGCAAGUGAAGAAGGCUGGUUGCUUCCUAGUGAUGCUGAAUCAUGGCACUGUAUACAAACAUUGGAAUUGAAGAGUUCUGCUGAAGCUCGUACUAAAGAGACUUUUUUUAACCAAGUUGUAGCCUUGUCUCAAGCAGGUCUGCUCUUAUUAGCGAAUGCAAAAAAGAAUGCCAUAUAUGCUGUUCAUCUAGAGUAUGGCCUGAAUCCAAUGGCAACCCAUAUGGAUUACAUUGCUGAAUUUACAGUUACAAUGCCAAUUUUGAGUUUCACUGGAACAAGUGAUUUACUGCCUCAUGAUGAACAGAUUGUUCAGGUGUACUGUGUACAGACGCAGGCUAUUCAGCAGUAUGCUUUGGACUUAUCCCAAUGCUUGCCACCUCCCAUGGAGAAUGCUGUAGGCUUUGAAAGGACGGAAUCUAGUGUUUCACGUGAUGCUGCUAGUAUUGAAGGAUAUGCUCCUGUUGAUCCUCAUGGUAGUAAACAAAUGGAUUUUCCUUUAACUAGUUCUGCACCCAAAACUUUAGUGAAUGAGAGUGCCACAGAGAUUAUAGCUACAGCUAGACCUCUUACGACUGAUACACGCACUGUGUUGGCCACCUCUGUGGAAUUUGCUUCUUCCAUCAUGGAAUCUAAAUCAUCUACUUUACCCAGUAUAACUACUGAUACUGAUAUUGCUCCCUUUACAUCACCACCUCCUUUGAGUCCUGAGUUGGCUAGAAAACUUUCUGGUUUCAGAAGCAUAUCAAACAGCUCUGAGCCUGGUUCCUCUGUCAAUGACCAUUUUGGGGAUCCUAAAGCUGUCGAACAUUCAGUUGACAGGCAAAUGGAGGCCAUUCAUCCAAACUUGACUCGCCUUACUUUGUCGGAUGCUGACCCAGUGAAUAAUGAAGAUGAAGUGUCGCGUGAUGAUGGUUCUUCGGGUAUUAGUAAUACAAUUAAAUUCAAGCACCCUACUCAUCUGGUGACUCCUUCAGAGAUAUUGAUGGCUAACUCAUCUUCUGAGGUAAACCGUGUUAAUGAACAUAAAAGCGAGGGACAAUCGAGUAUCCAAGAUGUUGUAAUCAACAAGGAAGCCCGCAAUGUGGAGGUGGAGUUUAAGGUUGGUGAAACAAGAUUCAGUCAAAAAUCUGAUAUUGGCUCUCAAGAAGAACUUCAUACUUUUGUGUCAGAAAACAAGGAGAAACCCUUUUGCUCUCAGGCAUCUGAUCUUGGAAUAGAAAUGGCUCGAGAAUGUCGUGCCUUGUCGCCUGAAACCUAUACUGUCGAGGAACCUAGGCAGUUUGAUGGGGCUUCUAGAACUGAGCAGCUGAUCCAAACGUCAACUGCCCCUGAAGAAGAUUGUGACUCUGCGAAGGAGAUCUCUGGAAAUAAUUUAGACUCAAAUGUGCAAGUUUCUGCUCAUCAACCUCCAGCUCCUAGUGCCAAAGGGAAAAAGCAAAAGGCAAAGAACACUCCAGGAUUUGAAUCAGCUUCACCCUCACCUGGUUCUUCCAAGUCAUCUGAUUCCAACGAGGGCGGUGUCAGCUCAAGUAAUGCCUCUAUGGAAGCUGCAGUCUCACAAAUUUUGUUCAUGCAUGAGAAGCUAAAUCAGGUUCUUAAUAUGCAAAAAGAAACGCAAAAGCAGAUGGGUAUGAUGGUUGCUGUUCCAGUUACAAAAGAAGGAAGAAGACUUGAGGCUGCCUUGGGACGGACCAUGGAGAAGGCUGUCAAAGCCAAUUCCGAUGCUUUAUGGGCCCGUUUCCAAGAAGAUAGUGCAAAACAAGAGAAAUUACUUCGUGAUCGUACUCAACAAAUAACCAAUUUGAUAUCUAACUGCUUUAACAAGGACAUGCCAGGGCUAAUUGAAAAAAUAAUGAAGAAAGAACUGGCAGCUGUAGGACAAGCCGUCACACGCAUUAUUGCCCCUACCAUUGAGAAAUCUGUAUCAACUGCUAUUUCAGAAGCCUUCCAGAAAGGAGUUAGCGACAAGGCAGUGAACCAACUGGAGAAAACAGUUAGCUCUAAACUUGAAGCUUCCGUUGCUAGGCAAAUUCAAGCACAAUUCCAGACCUCUGGCAAGCAAGCUCUUCAGGAAACUUUGAAAUCUACAAUGGAAGGUUCGGUGAUCCCUGCCUUUGAGAUGUCAUGCAAGGCAAUGUUUGAACAAGUAGAUUUAACGUUUCAGAAGGGGUUUUCUGAACACACUGCUUCUGCUCUACAGCAAUUUGAGUCCAUGCAUUCGCCGUUAGUACAUGCUUUAAGGGAUGCCAUUAAUUCCGCAUCAUCGAUGACUCAAACAUUGAGUGGAGAGCUAGCUGAUGGUCAAAAGAAGUUGCUUACGCUUGCAGUUUCUGGAGCAAAUUCCAAGUCAUCGAAUCCACUGGUUAGCCACAUGAGUAAUGGACCAUUACUGCAUGAGAAGCUUGAGGCUCCUGUUGAUCCAAUCAAAGAGUUAUCUAGAUAUUUGGCGGAGCGCAAGUACGAGGAGGCAUUCACUACAGCCUUGCAAAGAAGUGAUGUGUCUAUUGUAUCGUGGUUAUGUUUGCAGGUUGAUCUAUCGGGUAUCUUAUCGAUGAAUCCUCUCCCGUUGAGUCAAGGAGUACUUCUUUCACUUCUUCAGCAGGUGGCCUGUGAUAUUACCAAGGAGACAUCGCGAAAAUUAUCCUGGAUGAGGGAUGUCCUAUCAGCCAUAAAUCCAACUGACCCGGUGAUUGUAGUGCACGUGCGACCUAUCUUUGAGCAAGUAUAUCAAAUACUAAACCAUCAUCGGACUCUCCCUACCACAACCCCUGCAGAACUUUCAAGCAUCCGGCUGAUAAUACAUGUUAUCAACUCCAUGCUAAUGACUUGUAAAUGAUUUUUCAUGAACACACGAUUACGCCUGGUGGAAUGUUGAAGUUUGUACAAAUUAUUCAUGGAUAGACAAAAAGUACUAUAGAGUUGAAGCCUUCACCUGCCUUUUUAUGUUGAUUUCUACUGUUAUUUUUUUUACUGAGGUAAAAUCUGUAGUCGGGUCGGUCGGAUUUUCGGGUUUGUUGAGUAUUUAGUCUUCUUUGGGGUGGAAGUAUUGUGUAUACAAAUUUUUGUACUUUGUACAUUGUUAUCUUUAUUGCGAUUUCAAGUGGAAGGUUGAACGGUUUCUCAUGGCCA